CCACAGUUUACUCCUAAUAAGCCUUUUUCACAGCAGACAUGUUGACUUGUCACAGUGUCCUUGUGUUAUUCCACAUAAUCACUCUACACGAAAUUUCCCAUGUGGCAGAAUGGUUAUUAUCAUUUUAAAUUUGUAUUAUUAUCUAGUAAGAUGAUCUAGACGUGUUUCACGUGACUCGCUCUUUGUUACAGACUCCACCUCUUUCAUGUGAACGCGCCUUAAGCCUAAUAAGAAAAUCCUGGGUUAACAAAGCUUGCUGAUAUCCAGCUUCAUAACACCGGUUAUCUUUCUCCCGUUUCCGUCGCGUACACAGUUAUUGCUCCAUGUGAAGCGUGCUGUGAUUAACCGUCGCGUCUAUUAAGCUCGGAUUUGUUCCGUUUUGCGACCUUUGGGUUACGAUUUGAUUACUAAAUCUAGCAUUGAAACAUCUCGGAUAACUGCGCGCACCCGCUCCACCAUAAAGGGAAGAGCAAUCGCACGCCGAAAGCCUGAUCCCAAUCCAUGAACACCGACAGAGAUUUCCAGAUGAUGAAAAAACAAGAGAGGGCACAUUUUUUCAGCUCUAAAGAGCAGGAUCUCAUUUUGAAGUUGUACGAAGAAGAGAGAGAGGUAUUGACAGCCAAAUCCAACACUACCAGUGCCUCUAAACUGAGAGAGGAAGCCUGGCAGAGAAUUGCUGAUAAAAUAAACGCGGUAUCGGACAGCGGCUACAAAAGAUCAUGGCAGCAAGUGAAAGUCAAACAUAAAAAUAUAGUGCAAACAGCGAAAAGAAGACAGGUGGGGGCGACGAGGACUGAGGGGGAGUCAGCAACCCCGUCGCUGACGUCCGCAGAGGAAGAUGUGCUGCAGGACAAAGACAGCCUGCUGAGAGUGGAGGUCCUCCCUGGGGGGGCCUGCAUUGAGCCACUCACUGGAUCUGACAACUCUUUUAUUAGUGUCUCAGGCCAUCCUGUCCUCCUCCUGCCUGUCACAAAGACUGAACCAGAGAGCCUGAGCAGUGAUGAGACAGACGUCAGUGACUCUCAUUUUGAAGGGGAUGUGCACAGCAGCAGCAUCCAGGAGAGGGCCAACUCAGCGUUUGCUGCGACCGGUGGAAGAAGUGCAGAGAGGCAGACGGAAGACAUACGAGCCCUUUACUGCUGCUACCUCAAGAAGGAGAUCGAGAACCGUGACCAACAGAUGGCAUACAGAGCACUUAAAAUGAGGAAGAUGGAGAAAGAAAUUUUAUUACUUGAUAAGCAGCUCAUGUGACCAUGUAAAGAAAUGCUAAUGUUUUUUGUUUUUUAUCUUACUAUUAUAAUAUGUUAAAACAAUAUUUGAUUUAUUUAAGGCCAGGCAAUUGUAAUAAAUUGCUUCAGUCACAUCAUUUGUCAUCUUACCUUAUAUGUAACCAGGUUGGGGAGUUAAGUGCAAUGAUGGGCAGCAGUGUCACUUGCAAUUCUGCCAUUAAUAUGUGUCAGACCAUUUCUUUUUUAUGGACAUUUCCAUCUUUAAUGAUAGGACAGCUCAGACAUGAAAGGGGAGAGAGAGGGGGAAGACAUGCAGGAAACCAUCAUGGGUCGGCCUCGAACCAUGGACCUUCUGCGUCGAGGAAUUGACCUCAAUAUACGUGUGCCUGCUCUACCAACUGAGCUAACCGGCCACGUGUCAGACCAUUUCUUAUUGUUGCAGUGCACUGUGCAACUCUACACAUGCAACAGUACACAUCUAGUGCAGUCCGCAGUAUCGGAGUAAUUUCCUUCAGUUGCCCAAAGAUCAUUUCAGUCCCUUUAUUGUCACGGCAGGAGUUGCCCCAAGUUGGGCUAGUGAGGUUUCAGAGUAGGAUGGUCAGGAAGUGGAGCCGCUGUGUAAACCCUGUGGCCCAGGAGGAUGCCAUUAUCACAUGAUUACAGUGCAUUGACACACUGACUGUACUCCUGCACAUUGGAUCAAACAAUGAAUGACUUUAAAUUGAGGGGCACUUACAUCCACGAGUAGUGUAGGAACUGGUAACAUAAAAGAAAGUCAUAUAUAAAUAUUUUGUAUUUCUA